AUGUUUCUGCCUAUUACCAUAGGAUCCACAGUCACUUUCCUGAUGAGAGUUACUCGAAAGCGGUAUGUGGGAAUGGUCUGCGAAUUUCUACCACCAUCAGGAAUUAGUGGGUUCGGAAUCAAGAAUGCAAUUGUGUGCAAGAAAGGUAAGAGACGUGCCGUUGCGUCAAAUUGUUUUCUUGGUGGUAAACAGGAGCUUCAGGUAAUUGAAGGUGCAAACAGAGCCAACACUAAUCAGGAUGGUCAGAACAAUAAUCGCGAUGAAGGAUCCUCAUCCAAAUGA